GUAUCGCUUCAACACAUUCCGCGGAAGAAAACGCUGUUUUCAUGCAGUUUGUGGAGUAGUUCUGAGCUUGUCGUAGUGGUACUGAUUUAUAUAUACAUAUUAUGCCUAAUAUUAGUAUAUAUCUGAAGCUUUGGAAAUAGUUAUGGCGUUUCCGCAGCCGCGUCCUCAAGUGCCUCAGCUGCCGCAGCAUCUUUUGAGGACUAUAGUAUUGUUAUUAUGAAGUAGUAUUGGUAUAUGUCGCUUCAACGCUGAUGGGAACUAUGUGCUGACCUGCGGCAGUGAUAAAUCUCUGAAGCUGUGGAGUGUGAGUCGCGGGACUCUGCUGAAGACUUACACCGGUCACGGAUAUGAAGUGCUGGACGUGGACAGUUCUUAUGACAACAGUCAGCUGUGCUCCUGCAGCUCGGAUAAAACCGUCAUUCUGUGGGACGUGGCGUCUGGUCAGGUGACGCGCAAACUUCGCGGGCACGCCGGGAAAGUAAACUGUGUGCAGUUUAAUGAGGAGGCUACUGUGAUGCUGUCAGGCUCCAUCGAUGGGACCGUUCGGUGUUGGGACACUAGAUCCAGGCGGUAUGAGCCGAUCCAGAUCCUGGACGAGGCUCGGGAUGGCAUUAGCAGUCUGAAAGUGUCAGAGCAUGAGCUUUUGAUUGGGUCUGUGGAUGGAAGAGUGAGGCUAUAUGAUCUACGAAUGGGGCAGCUUCAUGUCGAUUUUAUUGGAAGUCCCAUCACUUGUGUGUGUUUCAGUCGGGACGGUCAGUGCACACUUAGCUCUAGUUUGGACUCUACGGUGCGCCUGCUGGACAAAAGCUCAGGGGAGAUGCUGGGAGAGUACUCCGGUCAUGUUAAUAAAGGCUAUAAGCUUGACUGCUGUCUGUCUGAUUAUUGGGUAACACAUGUUGUGAGAUGUUUUGUGGGUUGUUCAGAAGAUUGUUUUGUUUUGUUAUGUGGUGUAGUUGUGGGCUCCCUGACUUUAAAGCUGCCUGUUGGGAAAGCUGUAGUCCAAUCACUGUCCUUUCAUCCAACGGAGCCCCGCCUUUUGACUGCUAUGGAGGGGCAUGUUCAGGUGUGGGGGGCAGAGCCAGAGGAUGCAGCUGUGGAAGACGGCUAAGCUGAAUAGUGUGUGUUGAACACCAAACACAUGAGCGGGACUCAUUGAAGAUUAAGUGCAAAUUACUAUUUUGUAUCAGUUUGAUUGUUAUACAUAUUUUGUA